AUGAAGUUUAACAAGAAAAUAUCCUCCUCCCGAAGGAAAAUGAGAAAGGCGCAUUUCACGGCGCCAGCUGGACUUAGAAGGAAAAUUAUGUCCUCCAAAUUGUCAAAAGAGUUGAGAUUAAAAUAUAAGACGCGAGCUCUGCCAGUGAGAAAGGACGACGAAGUCCUCAUUUGCAGAGGACACAACCACGGACGAGAAGGAAAGGUUGUGAAGAUAAACAGAAAGCGAUUUAAAAUAUACGUGGAAAGAGUAACCAGGGAAAAGGCUAACGGAGAGUCCACCUUCAUUGGUAUCCACCCCAGCAACGUUAUCUUGACCAAACUGAAAAUUGACAAGAACCGUAAAAAGAUCCUCGACAGAAAGGCGCCAAAGGAGAAAAUGUAAGGCGUACCGUGUGUCCAUUUUAAGCGUUGUCCAUGCCAGUUAAGCCCGAAGGAAGAGGACCCACGAGAAUGUGCCACCCGUCGUUAGAUGGUUAGCGGCGGUUUAGCCCAAUUUUGCGGAGUUUCGCAGAGUUUUAUCCUUCUGUUUGCCUUUUUCCUUUUUUUUUUUUUUUCCUAAAAAACUUAUAAACGGGUCAGGUUAUUUUAAAUCUUUUGGAAUG